UCCUACGCGCCCAGGCCUGUCAGUCGGCGAGACUCUGGCUCUGCAGAGGAAGAUGGCGCCGCGGAGAAACAGAGUCUCUACGCUGCCUCGGCUCCAGCUGUGGGUGCUGUUGUUCCUGCCGCUGCUGCUCAUGCCCCAGCCCAUUGCCGGCCAUGGCGGCAAGUACUCGCGGGAGAAGAACGAGCCCGAGAUGGUCGCCAAGCGCGAGCCCGGGGAGGAGUUCCGCAUGGAGAAGAUGAACCAGCUAUGGCAGAAGGCCCAGCGGCUUCAUCUGUCUCCUGUGAAGUUGGCUGAGCUCCACUCUGACCUGAAGAUACAAGAAAGGGACGAACUCAACUGGAAGAAACUGAAGGUGGAAGGCUUGGACAAGGAUGGGGAGAAAGAAGCAAAGCUGAUCCACAACCUCAACGUCAUCUUGGCCAGGUAUGGACUGGAUGGGAGGAAGGACACCCAGAUGGUGCACAGCAACGCACUCAAUGAAGACAUCCAGGAUGAGCUGGGGGACCCCAGGCUGGAAAAGUUGUGGCACAAGGCAAAGACGUCAGGGAAAUUCUCCAGUGAGGAGCUGGACAAGCUGUGGCGGGAGUUUCUGCACCACAAGGAGAAGAUCCACGAGUACAAUGUGCUGCUAGACACCCUGAGCAGAGCUGAAGAAGGUUAUGAGAACCUCCUCAGUCCCUCUGACAUGAACCACAUCAAGAGUGAGGCCCUGAGCAGCAAGCACGGUGAGCUGAAGGACAAGCUGCGGAGUAUCAACCAGGGCCUGGACCGCCUGCGGAAGGUCAGCCACCAGGGCUACAGUCCCACCACUGAGUUUGAAGAGCCCCGAGUGAUAGACCUGUGGGACCUGGCCCAGACCGCCAACUUCACUGAGAAGGAACUGGAGUCAUUCCGGGAGGAGCUCAAGCACUUCGAGGCCAAAAUUGAAAAGCAUAACCACUACCAGAAGCAGCUGGAGAUUUCCCACCAGAAGCUGAAGCACGUGGAGAGCAUCGGUGACCCCGAGCACAUCAGCCGCAACAAGGAGAAGUACGUGCUGCUGGAGGAGAAGACCAAGGAGCUGGGCUACAAGGUGAAGAAGCAUCUGCAGGACCUGUCCAGCAGGGUCUCCAGAGCUCGGCACAAUGAGCUCUGAGGAGCGGGAGCCACCAGCAGCAGUCCAGAGAGAGAGGCUCUUGAAGACACCGGGAGCCGCCAGCGUGUCAUCUGCAUGCACAGACCUGUGGUAGCUGGUGUAGCUGGCCACAGUGAUGUGGCGGGGACGAUCCUUGGACAUAUCAGUAUGAUCCUGCUGUGUGGUUGGCAAGAACUUUUCUUUCAAGUAUGGCUGUCAUCACCCCUGUUGAGGGCCUUGGGUGCAGCUACCAAUGAGAUGUGACUAUCCUCCAUGCUGCAACAACCCAGUUUACAUUGAAAUCAUAAAUCUGUCACUGGAAAUGUUAUAUAUGGAGCCCUUAAAUACAUGGCAGGAUUUUGAGCCAUCCA